AUGCAGUGCAACGCGUGUAACGCGGGGUUCGACGAUGGACCGACGCGUAACGCCCACUAUCGCUCCGACUGGCACCGUUACAACCUCAAGCGAAAGGUAGCAGGUCUCCCUGGGGUGACCGAGCAGUGGUUUGAAAAACGAAAGGAGGCCGUAGCAGCAGCCGCCGCCGCCGUUUCUGGGGGAAAGCGCGGCGCGGUCGCAGCGGCGACAGCGGCCGCGGCGGCGGCAGCAGCAGCUACAGCCGCUUCCGGGGACAUCGCAGCAGGGGGAGACGUGGGUGGGGGUGCAGGGGGGGUUGCGCCUGGGGGAAUUGCGUCAGGGGGAGGAGCGCCAGUAGCAGCUGGCGGGUGGUUGAUAUACGAAUGCGUGGUUUGCAGUAAGAAGUACAAUAGCGAAUCAGCUCAUGCGAGUCAUUUGCGAUCCAAGCUGCACGCUUCCAAGGCCGCUGCUGCUGUGGCGGCCGCGCGGGCAGGUGCUACUGGGGCAGGCAUUAUCGGGGCCGGGGUUCAGGGUUCAGGGGUUUUGGACCCUUACAGGCCUGUGAUUCGGAGGGUUGAGGCGAAACCGGUUGUGGUGGCGCAUAGAGGAACGGGCGUUGGGGUUAAGGAUAAAGGGAAGGGGGUGGUGGGAGAGGAUGAGAAGGAGGAGGCGGAGGAGGAAGAGGAGGAGGAAGAGUGGGAAGAGGUGGAUGAGGAUGAGGCUGCUGCUUUGCUGGCGGAGGAAGGGGAGGAGGUAGACGAGGGAGAAGAGGGAGAGGAGGGAGGAGAGGAGGGAGAAGGAAGCAAGGGGGCAGAAGGGAAGGAAGCGGAGGGAGAGACGAAGGACAAAGGAGAGGGAGGGGGAGGAGGGGAGUGGGACGUAUCCCAGUGCUUUUUCUGCGACAAGAAGAACAAGGGUGGGGUGGACGAGUGUGUGGAGCACAUGCACAGGCACCACGGGUUCUUCAUCCCCGAUAUGGAGUUCCUCACGGAUCUGCAAGGGAUGCUACAGUAUCUGGCUGCGAAAGUGACCCAGGGGCGCAUGUGCCUGUGGUGUGACGAUCGGAGCAAGCAGUUCAGCUCGGUAGAGGCUGUGAGGGCGCAUAUGGAAGCGAAGAGCCAUGCAAAGCUGCGGUAUGGAGAUGGGUCUGGCGUGGCGGAGGAGGAACUUGAAGACUUCUACGAUUUCAGCACCAGGGCGCAUAUGGAGGCGAAGAGCCAUGCGAAGCUGCGGCAUGGGGAUGGGUCCGGCGUGGCGGAGGAGGAGCUUGAAGAUUUCUACGACUUCAGCACCAGGUGUGUUCGCGGGGUCAAGAGGUUUAGGGUUCCAGAUGGGUCCGGCGUGGCGGAGGAAGAACUUGAAGAUUUCUAUGACUUCAGCACCAGUUACGAGGAGGGCACGAGUCGUGAGCUCAUUGUGGCUGACGAGACCCGUCCGCAUGUGGCGCUCACCAGCGGGGGCAUGGAGCUCAUCAUUUUCAAUGCUGCAGCAGGGAAGGGGAGCAGGGGCGCGGAUAAGGGCGCAUGCGGCACGAAGCGCGUGAUUGGCUCGCGGGAUCUCGCGAGAUAUUAUCGCCAGAAACCGAAACCGACGGGAGACAGCAACACGCGCCUCGUGGCAUCGGUUCUCGCCAGGUAUCGAGCCAUGGGGCUGGCAACACGGCAGUUGGGGUGGCGAACACCAGAGCAGCAGCAACAGAUGAAGCAGAAGGAUGCAACGGCGAAGGGGCGGGAGAGGUUUGAGCGCUUCCGCACGAGCGUGGGCAUGAACAACAACAUCAACUGGAACUUGCCCAAGAACGUGCCGUAUUAG